CAAAGUCAAAUCAGUCUGUGUACCAAGAUGUAAUAAUAAUACACAAUAACAAUAAACAUGCCGGUGGAAAAAACCAUGCUGAUUAUGCUUGUAUAAAAUGAAUGUUAUUGUCUCUCAAAUUACAAAGCAUAUACAUAGCAUCUGGAGAAUAAAAUAUUAGUUAUCCCGUAAAGCACAUGUAAUUUUUCGACUACAGUGACCCCCGACCGACCUCUGGUGCUAAGCUUUGUCUAGACGACGCCACAACUUGGGUUGCUAGCAAGGCGUACGUGGUUCGGUGAAACAGUAAUAAAUCAAUGCAUCGACAUUAAAACACAUGCGCGGGGCAAAUCCCUAGCACCGGGCGCGGCCGACAGAGCGUCGGGCGCAAACUCAGUCGGGAUCGGGUCUUUGCAAGCUUAGGAUGUGUCGGUUCGACGCUUAUUUUGGUGUAACAUGUGACCCAAAGAUUAUCAUAUAGGUCCCGUAUAUCGCGCAUAACGAUUUAAUUUUGUCUCCCGGACCGCCAAGCUUGAAUUCCGGGCUCUAGUUUUGAUUAGGACAUUGAACAGGUCACAUAGUGCAUGAAAAAAUGAAGACACUUUUACUGCUUUCUUUUUUGUUCGUGGGAUACGCAACAGCCCUUGAUGAUGUGACAGUACUAACAGUGGCUACGGAGGAAAAUGAUGGCUUCAAACGGUUCAUGCGCUCAGCGAAGGUGUACGACAUUGACGUGCAUGUUUUGGGACAAGGCGAGAAAUGGGAGGGUGGUGAUAUGAACUUCCCAGGAGGUGGGCAGAAGGUCAACCUCCUCAAGCAGAAGGUUGAAGAACUGAUGAAAACCAAGGAAAAUGAUCACAUUGUGCUCUUUACUGAUAGCUACGAUGUGAUGUUCCUGGGCACCCUGGGCGACAUCCUUGUGAAGUUCAAGGCUAUGCCGGAAACGCGCGUGCUGUUUUCCGCGGAGCCAUUCUGCUGGCCGGACCCUAAGCUGGCCGUUAUGUACCCCAACGCUGACGUCACCAACCCCUACCUCAACUCGGGAGGAUUUAUUGGAUAUCUGUCGGAAUUAAAUACCAUACUGAACGCAAGGAAGAUAAAAGACACCGAAGAUGACCAGCUGUACUACACCAAGGUGUACCUGAGCGAGCUGAGAGACUCCCUCAAGAUCAAUCUCGAUCACAAGUCCGAGAUAUUCCAGAACCUCAAUGGAGCCCUUUCCGACGUCCAGCUGCGUGUCAACACGACCGAGGAGUGGCCGUACUUGGAGAACGUGGCGACGAAGCAGCGACCCCUCGUCGUGCACGGCAACGGCCCCGCCAAGUUGAUGCUCAACACAAUGGGCAACUAUCUCGCCAAGGCCUGGUCCCUGAAGAAUGGCUGCGUUCUCUGUAAAGAGAGGAAGAUCGAAUUAAAUGAUGAUAAUCUGCCGCAUGUGAUGCUGGCGAUCUUCGUGGAGCAGGCGACGCCGUUCAUAGAGGAAUUCUUCGAUUCCGUCUUGCUUCUGGACUAUCCCAAGAACAAAAUCCAUCUUAUCCUGCGGAACAACGUCCCCUUCCACGAGGCUUACGUGGAUGAGUUCUACAACAAGCACUCGAAGGAAUAUGCCACCGCAAAGAGAAUUAAGCCGAUCGAUUACAUGAGCGAAGCCGAAGCGAGGAACCUUGCCAAAGAUCGUUGUGCGAGCAGCAUGUGCGACUACCUGUUCUCAGUGGACGGCGUGGCUCGUCUGCGGCCGCAAACGCUGCGCCACUUGCUGUCUUCUGGCUACGACGUGAUCGCGCCGCUGCUCGCCCGCCCCGGACAGGCCUGGUCCAACUUCUGGGGUGCCAUCGGCGCAUCGGGAUACUACGCCCGGUCUACUGACUACAUGGACAUCGUCUCCGGGUCUAUCAGGGGCAUAUGGAAUGUGCCAUUCAUAACCAACUGCUACCUGGUCAAGAUGGCCCUGUUCCACACGCCCAAGGGGCAAGAAGUCAGCUAUGUCAAGGAGGACGUCGACCCCGACAUGGCAUUCUGCAAUAGCUUGAGGGACAUUGGCGUGAUGAUGUACGUGAGCAACGAGGAGGAGCUGGGCCACCUGGUGAACCACGAGACCUUCGACGUGAGCCGCACGCACCCCGACGUGUACCAGGUGCUGGACAACAAGCUCGAGUGGGAGAGUCGCUACCUGCACAAGGACUACCUCGCCAACUUCAUCGAUGGACAGAAACCUAGGAUGCCGUGCCCCGACGUGUACUGGUUCCCGCUGAUGUCUCCGCGCUUCUGCAAGGAGUGGAUCGACAUCAUGGAGGCCUUCGGACAAUGGAGCGACGGAUCCAACAAUGACAAGCGUCUCGAGGGUGGUUACGAAGCGGUGCCUACGCGCGACAUCCACAUGAACCAGGUGGGGCUGGAGCGCCAGUGGCUGCACAUCCUGAAGGAGUACGUCCGUCCUCUGCAGGAAAUGGUCUUCACCGGAUACUACCACAACCCCCCGGUAUCUAUAAUGAACUUUGUGGUGCGCUACCGGCCUGACGAGCAGCCCUCGCUGCGCCCCCACCAUGACUCCUCCACUUACACCAUCAACCUGGCUCUCAACACACCAAACGUAGACUACACGGGCGGGGGCUGCCACUUCCUGCGCUACAACUGCUCGGUGCGCGACACCCGACUGGGCUGGCUGCUCAUGCACCCCGGCCGCCUCACACACUACCACGAGGGUCUGCCCGUCACCAGCGGCACGCGCUACAUCAUGAUCUCCUUCGUGGACCCGUGAGGCCAGACCCGCGCCGGCCGCGGCCAGCGCCUCCCCCCUCGCCCCCCUCGCCCCC